CUUCGUGUUACCCUCCCACACUUACACACUCUCUCUUUCUUGCUCGAGACCCGUUGGUCGAGUUGAGAGCCUCGUCGGGCAAAUCGACGUGUGGACAAACAUCCCAGUACCACAACCUCGGAGCACUGCAUUUCCGCAACCCACCCUCAUAUGCAAUUGGCCUGUCGAACAUCUAGACUGCGACUUGACAUUCUCACCGCCGCCAGAUCGAAGCCGUCUCCUGCCCUCCGUCCCUAUGCAUUCAGGCCAGUCGUCGACAUAUUCACGUCAUCCAUGUCUUCGUCCACGAAACCCUCGGCGUUGACCUUCGACCUGAAGGCGAGAUGUUCGACCUCCAAAGCUCGUGCUUCGACUCUCCACCUCCCUCAUGGCCCCGUCGAUCUGCCCAUCUUCAUGCCAGUCGCCACACAAGCAUCCCUCAAAGGCUUGACGCCCGAACAACUCGAAGAGACGAGCUGUAGGCUAUGUUUGAACAAUACGUAUCAUCUAGGCCUGAAGCCGGGACAGGCAGUACUUGACACCAUCGGCGGUGCUCACAAAUUACAAGGAUGGGACUACAAUAUCCUGACCGACAGUGGUGGGUUUCAGAUGGUUUCUUUACUCAAAUUAGCCAGAAUUACCGAGGAGGGGGUACGAUUCCUCAGUCCACAUGACGGCAGUCCAAUGCUGCUCACACCUGAACACUCCAUGUCGUUACAGAACUCCAUAGGGUCAGAUAUCAUGAUGCAACUGGAUGAUGUCAUUCAGACCACUUCGCCAGAUCAUGCUCGUAUGAAAGAAGCCAUGGAGCGGUCGAUCAGAUGGCUUGACCGGUGCGUAGCCGCCCACAAGUACCCGGAGAAACAAAACCUGUUUUGCAUCAUCCAGGGCGGCCUUGAUCUCGACCUGCGGAAGCAGUGUUGCGAGGAGAUGGUCAAGAGAGACACCCCGGGUAUAGCCAUAGGUGGACUUUCCGGAGGAGAAGCAAAGUCGGACUUUUGCAAAGUGGUCGACACCUGCACCGACAUGCUUCCCGAAGAGAAACCGAGAUAUGUCAUGGGAAUUGGCUAUCCAGAAGAUAUCGUCGUUGCCGUCGCUCUUGGAGCAGAUAUGUUUGAUUGCGUUUGGCCGACACGCACUGCUCGCUUUGGUAAUGCUAUAACAUCCCGAGGCGUGCUAAACCUGAAGCAUUCUCGAUACGCCGAAGACUUUGGCCCAGUGGAAGAAGGUUGCACGUGUACCUGCUGCCGCUCCAAAGAAAAUGGCGGUCUGGGUAUCUCAAGAGCCUACAUCUACCACUUGGCGGCCAAGGAGACUGUCGGAGCUCAUCUCUUGACCAUGCACAAUGUUCACCACCUUCUAUCGUUGAUGCGCCGCGCAAGAAAUGCCAUCCUCGAAGAUGGAUAUCCAGACUUUGCGAGGACAUUUUUUGCCGAGUAUUUUGAAGGCAAAGGCGCACCGGAGUGGGCGGUGGAAGCAUUACAUGGAGUCGGAAUUGAUCUCUGAAAGGGCAAGCAAACAAAUAAAGCAAACCUGUAACAUGGGAACUGGCACACUGAGGAGGAAUUAAAGAAUUUAUGAGAUUCAUUGCCUUCAAGAAGAGCGUACUCCUGGCCAGAUUAGCAAUGUUGGGUCUACGUCCCUCAUUCUGCCUGUGGUCCUCUAGUCAAAUGGCCCUCUGUAUAGAAUAUAGGCUAUAUCGAUGGGCACCCUAUGUGCUCGGCAUGCAACCCAAUGAACACCGACAGAC